UCCGGCCCAACCCAUCCUGCGAUGCACCGCCGCUGUCUGCAAGGACUAAGCACCAGCAGCCCGGUUCAUCAACGGCUACGCAUGCUUUGCACCGAAAACAGACCGACUGUCGACCCGCUGCUGCAAGAUGUACCACUCUGACCACGGUGUUGACUUCCAUGACCUCUCCUUCCAAAUCCCUGGCAGCGCUGCAGAGCUGGGCCCGGCACACAGAGAGUGAACUCAACUCCCAACAAACCACACAUCCACCGUCCCCCUUCACCCACACAGGGCCUCCCUCUACUCCAGUCCCUCCCUCCGGAUCAUGGACAGCCCUCCUAAGCUGUCAGGCGAGACCCUGAUCGUGCAUCACAUCCCCCUGGUGCACUGCCAGGUGUCCGGCGUGCGGCAGGGUGGCUGCGGGAUCUCGCUGAAGAGGGGCAACCCGUUCAUCCCACCGGAGAACCUGGGCUUGAGUCGCACCACAUCCCUCCCCGAGAGAGACGUCCUUCAGAGAGAGGCUCUGCUCUACAGCAGCCUGAUCCAGACCUCCAGCGGCUCCUGGACCUCCACAAAAGGGGGGAGGAGAGAGAGGAAGGUCGGCGGGAGGGGAGGCAGCACGGCAAGUGACGACUCAUCGUUUACCUCGAGCAAUUCAGAGGACCAGCUGAUUACUGCUCACACGUUGCCCAGAGCCAAACCGAGGAACAGGAAUCCGUUGCGUCAUAAUCCAUUCCUGCUGAAUACCGAGGACGAGGAUGAAGAAGAAGAAGAGGAGGAGGAUGGCGACAACCUCAGUGGUUACCUUGAGGACUCCUCUUUUCACCUCCACAGUGACACUAACUCCGCCCUCAACGACGGGAUGGCUCCUUUCCACUUACACGACCUUGGCUUUGCCUCUGAGCCCUUCCUUUUGCACCGGUCGGUGGGCGGGAGCCGUCGGGAGUCCCUGAGGGCGGCGGCCUCCAAUCUCUCCGCCCACCUGGAGGACCUGGACAUCCUGGGACUGGACAGCCAGCUGCGCCUCGGCAGCAGCGGCUCCAACAUGUCCAUGGACUGCGGAGAGCAGGACUGGGGCGAUGACGACGGAGAAGACGAGGACCACCCCAUGAGGUGCGGGCGAAGCUCCUCCAGCUGCUGCACGCAGCACUGCUUCUGCUGCGCGCUCUCCCAGAACUACCCGCAGCACUUCCCCGAAGCCUUCUCGGAGCCCUUCUCGGAGUGCCAGCAGGGCUACGGCAGCGACUCCUCUUGCAACAGCUCGGACGGCGUGCUGGUGAACUUCAGCGCCAUUUACAACAAGAUGAACAACAGUAUACCGGAGAAGCCACCGGCCUCCGGGCACACCAACCUCAACAGCUCCACCGACCACUCCCGCACCUCGUCUGUUUCUGAUCCACCGGGAAACAAGCGAGACUCCACAGGAGGGGCUUUCUAUCUGGACCUUCACACCUCCCCGACUGAACCUCCCCUAUCGCAGCAACAGCCCUCCUGCCUCGGCAGCGCCUUCCCUCUCAUCCGUGAGCCGCACCUGUCCACCUCCUCCACCUGUUCGUGCGCCGUGGAGCACCAGGGGGCUCUCGACCUCGACGCCAACUGCAACUCCUACCACCCUCCGCACUCUGGGUCGUCCGGAGACCUCGCUUCCUGUCUGCAGAGUGAGGCCCGCCUGGUCGUCGCCACCCAGAACUACUACAAGCUGGUCACCUGCGACCUGUCGUCCCAGUCGUCCCCGAGCCCCGCGGGCUCCUCAGUCAAUAGCUGCUCCGACGAGCACAGCAAAGGCAGCCCCACCCCGACCCAGCCCAAUGAGUACUUCCUGUUCAGGCAGAGAGCUGGUGAGGAGGGUGUGGAAGAAGAGGACGAAGAUGGAGAGUCGUCUAGGCGUGAUGAUGAUGGUGGUGAUGAUGAGGAUGACGAAGAGGACGAGGAGGACGAGAAGAAGAACCAGCAGGUGGCCGUUGGAGCCGACGGUGCUCCUGCCGUGAUUGAAGGCCAGGUCUAUGUCAACGUCUCCCCUCCUGUGGUCGUCCGCGGUGCGAUCGGAGCCUCCUCGGGAAGCCGCCCCCGCUCUCGCAGCUACGACCGCAACCUGGACAAGUCUCCGCCCCCCCGGCUCGGAUCUCUUGAGCGCAUGUUGAGCUGCCCCGUCCGGCUCAGCGAGGGCGCCGCCCCGACACCGCCCCCUCCUCCGCGAGUCACCUCCUUCGCGGAGAUCGCGAGGAGCAAGCGGAGAAACGGAGGCUCGGGGGGUUCGCCGUCGCAGAAGGCAGCUGCAGACGCUUUCUCCUUCACUUACUCCACCCAAUCCCACUCCUCUCUGGAGUUCUCUCCGAUCCUGGAGCAGCGUUCAGAGAUCGACUGUCAGAGCCUGUCGCCUGUACCCUUCACCAGAUGUUACAGUCAAGGCAGCGCGGAGCGACACCUGGAGGGGGCGAGGGAGACCCGGGCCAGGGCUGAAGGUGGCCUCUCCAGUUCCUCAGACAGCCGCCCGGCAGUGUUCCGCUACAGUAAGGACCAGCGGCCCACCACCCUCCCCAUCCAGCCCUUCACCUUCCACCACCAGUUCGCCUCCAAACCCCCACAGCCCAAGCCUCUGCUGCCCCUGCUCACAGGCUACGUCUCUGGGAUGCAGGCCCGCUCUGGCUCCGGCUCCGGCACUGGCUCCGGCUCUGGAGAUCCUGUGGGGGAGGACAGUGAAGAUGCAGCUGAAAAUGUGCACAGGUACCAGGGGGCUCUGGCUGCAGCAGCAGCCCCUCCGCCUGGAUCGGUUCGACCCUCACCUCUCGGGAGCUACUCCCCGGUGCGGCUGCAUGAGGCGCCCAGCUCCGGGACCUGCUCCACCUGCACCCCGAGCCCUCAGCCGCAACACAGCCUCUCCUGCCCGCUUUCGGCGGGCCUCGGCCCCCUGCGCUCCCCACCGACGGGAAAGCAGGGAGGGGGUUCGGUGUCGUUACCGCCAACCACUCCACCUCCAUCCCUGGGCGUGAAGAGAGGGACGGUGCCGCCGAUGCUGCCGGCGGUGCAGGGCCACUGUUUCCAUCAUGGAGCUCUGCCCAGUUUGCCGGCUCUCCACACUGACUCGCUGAGCCCUCUGGGCUGUGUGGAGUCUGGAAAACACGUGGAGGGAAGCACAGCACCCGGAGCCAGAACUCAUAACGCGCACCACCUCUCCCCCCAGGCUCUCAAGUGGAGGGAGUACCGCCGUCGAAACCCUCUGGGACUGGAGAGGGCCUCGGCGGGCCACUCUUCCGCUGGAUCGGGCUCCCUCUCUGGUAACCCGGAACCCAGGAGGGGCGGGGGACCGCGACCCGCCAGACGGAACGUGUUCGAUUUCCCUUCGGCCCCCUCCGUCCACGCGCUGGGACGCCUCAACGCAGCGAGCCAAUCAGCUAAGCUGCAGCAGAUCUACAGCGACUUCCUGCCGGACUACUUCUCUAUGACCGAGAAGCCUCCCGAGGAGUUCUGCCUCUCCCCCGACGCGUCCACCUCCUCCCCCUCCUGCAGCUCCUCCUCACAGUCCCACAUCUCUGUGGACCUGACGCUUAAGAGAGGUUUGGUGAAAGCCGUGAACACGGCAGUGGAUCUGAUCGUGGCACACUUCGGCACCAGUCGGGACUCUGACGUAAAGGCCAAGCUGGGGAACAGCUGGGUGAGUCCCAACGUGGGCCACCUCAUCCUGAAGUACCUGUGCCCGGCCCUGCACGAGGUGCUGCAGGACGGCCUGAAGGCCUACGUGCUGGACCUGAUCAUCGGUCAGCGGCGUUGUCAGCCCUGGAGCCUGGUGGAGGCCUCCACACAGCUGGGUCCGUCCACUCGUCUUCUCCACAGCUUGUUCUCAAAGGUGAGCCAGUACUCGGAGCUCACAAGCCACAGCAUGAGGCUCAACGCCUUCAUCUUCGGCCUGCUCAACCUGAAAUCUUUGGAGUUCUGGUUCAAUCACCUCUACACACAUGAAGACAUUGUAGCAGCACACUACAGCCCGUGGGGUUUCCUCCCCCUGUCACAGGGGGCGUGCCAGCCGCUCUUCGAGGAGCUCCUCCUCCUGCUGCAGCCACUGUCGCUCCUCCCAUUUGACCUGGACCUGCUGUUCGAACCGCACCUCCUCCAAAAGGGCCAGGAGCAUCUCCGCCGCAAGGAGCAGCUGUGCUCUGCAGGCCAGAGCGUCGACCAGUCGACUCGCUCCACCUUCCAGCUCAUGAGGGGCUGGAGCACCACCGUGAGCGAGAUGGUCAGAGACUCCGGUGCGGAGGCGAGGAGAGAGAGGCCAGGCCUGAGGCGAGAGGGAACGUGGCCGAGGACGGAAGGGGUCGGCUCGAGAGCAGAGGGAGCCGGAGCGAAACCAAGGUUGAGGACCAAGGGGGGGACAACCGAGAGCAUGACGGCCGGGACUGUUAGCGGGCCAGCAACGAUGGAGGUCGGGUUUGCCAAUCUGUGGAAGGAGAGGGGGAUGAGCGGGCAGAGAAUGAAAGGCGUGGGACAGGAGAGCCAAGGAGACGGGGAGGAUGGAGAGGAGAAGGACAGGAAGAAGGAGAAAGAGAAGGAUGUGGCGGAGGAGGGGCGUCAGCGGCAGGAGAGACAGGCGGGCUGGUGGUACCAGCUCAUGCAGUCCUCCCAGGUUUACAUCGACCAAUCAGCGGAGGGGUCAAAGUUUGUUAAGACGGAGAAAAGGAGGAGGUCAUCAGAGAGACGACAGAACCAGCUGCCGCCCGCCAGAGAGGGAGUGGUGGAGGGGGCGGAGUCGAGCCAAGAAGGGGAGGGGCAUAGAAGCAGGAAAAGCAGCAGCAGCAGCUCCGGCAGGCAGUCAGCCGGAUCCAGUGGGAGGCCGUCAUGGAUGGGCAGCCCGCCAGACUCUGUCCUCAACCAGGAGAAAGAGGCAAAACCUCCGAAGGGUACAGGGACUGGAGCUCAAGCUGCAGCCCAGCAGGAGAGCCCCUCACAGGGGCAGAGUCUGCGCUGGGGCAGGCUCUUUGGAUCCAGCAUCGGAUCUCCUUCAAGAGUGGAGGCAGCUGAACAGAAAGCAAAAGCUCAGAAGACCAGACCGCCGUCAGGUUGGCUCUCUCUGGACCGGUCCAUUCUUGACCUCGUAGCUCAGACAUUAGGAACAGGGAGCGGGAAGAAGGAGGAGCCUCCAGCAGCGCCCACUCACACCGAAACCCUGCCUCCACCAACGACAACCCAACCAACUAAAGCCAGACAAAAGUCUUCAUGUGAAGUGCGAGCCUUGUGUCACCACAUAGCCACCGAGCCCGGCCAGCUGAGCUUCAACAAGGGCGACGUCCUGCGGGUCCUGUGCCGGGCCGACCCCGACUGGCUGCUGUGCUCGCUGGGCUCCGUCCAGGGCCUGGUUCCCAUCGUCUACGUCACCCUCAGAAGCAUGGAGGACAGCCAGGACGCCGCUGGACUCGGACAGCGUUGAAGAAUUAUCGGGAGAUGAAGGCAAACCGCUGAAACUAAAAUAAACUGUUUUUGAGAUAACUGCACAUUGGGGAUGAUUCCCGAAGACAAAAAAAACAUUGUAGAUUAUAUGAAGAUGAUGUACAGACACAUGCAAGGGAAGCAUGCAGGCAGGAACACAAACUCUCACAUCUACUUUAAAGGGUACAUCCAGACCAGUAUGCAUGCAUACAUCCACAAAACCAAAAGACCAGACGAGACAACCCAAAGACACUCCAACACGAGCUUCUCUCUCUGCGCUACUAGCUUCUCUCUGUGACUGUCAUCCAUCUCUACCUGCGACACAACGAGGAGGUCAAACUUCACUAUAUGAUAAUACAACGCGCCGAGCUGCACUUUGCUGUCCUGUCUGUACGUCCACCUCGCUGUGCCACACUCUGAACUCAGCGCUCAGUUAUCGCCCGCGGUCUGGUUCAAGUCCUGUUGCUUACUCGGUGCCGAUUGAUCUUUUAAAUUCACGUAGAAACCGGUGAGUCCUCGCUGUUUUUGGUAAGAUGU